CUUUUACAGAAAUCAAAAUGUAUACGUCUACCCGAUAUAUUGCUCAUACGUGCUGGCAUUGACUUCUACUCACGCGCGCGAGAAUUGGGAGAGCGAGUGUUUAUGUGAUACACCUGUAGCCAUCAAAAGCGCACAUAUUUUGUGAAGCUGGCGAUGUAUUGACGACAAGUUGUCAUCGGCAGCGCAAGGUCGCAGCUCCUGAACACGCAGAUGUCAGCGUCAUCUGCACGCGUCGAUGUGGUAGAAGACUAGCUGCUGCCGUGGGUACUAUUACCGGACCGGCCCCCGCAUGGCAGCUCUGCGCGAGCUCGAACAAGUGCACUUCAAUGGUCGUCCGGCAGCAUCGCCGGCGUUGCUCAGGCGCAGGCACAUGCGCCUUCGCGGAGUUCCUUGUCGCGCUGGCGGUGCUGCUGCUCGUCGCUGCGGUGCCCCUGCUGCGCCCGACGGCUGCCGCACCCAGCACUGGCGACAGGCUGGGCAAUAAUGGACGGGACCUGCUAUCCGCGGCCGCCGACAAGACGGCCGGGACGCUCCUAGCCGCAGCACCAUCGGCAAACGCAGGGCUCGCAAUGGGCACGCCUGCCGCUGCUCCCGCCGCUGCUCCCGCGCACGACAUGACGCCUCGCAACGGACGCGAGAAGCCCCCGGCCCCCGGCCGCUAUGGCCACAGCGACAUCAGCAGCGGCAGCAGCAGCUACCCAGGCGUCCCACCGUCGCGUCCGCCGCCCACACCACCAACAAAAGCACCCACGUAUCCACCGCGCCGCAGCCCAGGGUAUGGCGAUCCCGACGGCCGCAACUCGCCGCCUCCGAGCUACCCCCCAACCGCGUCCUCGCCGCCCCCACCUUUUGCGACCCUGCCAUCCUAUCCGCUGCCGGUGGAGCCAUCGCCGCCGCCUGCAAGCCCGCCCUCGUCUCCGCCUCCACCGAGCAGCAGUCCUCCUCCUAGCUCGCCCUUACCGCUGCCUGAGGAGCAGCCGCCUGUGCCAGAUUCACCGCCGCCGUCGUGGGCGCCCCCGGAUACUCCUGCGAGCGAGCCACCCGCAUCACUUCAGCCGUCGUCGCCGGGAGCACCGUCGCCCAGCCCCAGCUCGCCGCCGCCGCCUUCUGUGGUGGAUCUGGACGGCAUGUCCAUCCCGGCGGACCUGGUGCAGCAGGAAGGAGCGCCGCCGGCGGCACUGCUGACGCUGAGCCGCGAGCUGCAGUUGCAGGGCCGUGCGCUGGGGCAGAGCAGCGAAGACGCACAAGAGUUGCGGCAGCUGUUCCCGGCAGCGACGGAGGUGGUCGCGCUAAGCUGGAACGUGAGCGUUGUCAUAUUCGCUUACCUCACCGCCUCGCUGCACGAAGCUGGCAGCAGCGGUGCUGCCGAUAACCGCAGCACCAACAGUAGCAGUGGCGGCGUGGGCACAAAGGCAAUGGACCUGGUGUGCAGCUCCCAGCGGCUAGCGGUGCUGCGUGAGCGGCUGACGGCGCGCUGGGGCGUGCGCGUGGGCGUCGCCUGCCUCUGUCUGGGCGACGUUGGCAAUGGCAGCAGCUCAGGCGCGCCGUCGCCGUCGCCGCGGACUGCGCCCGUGCCACGCAUGCCGACACCAAGCGCAGCCGCUGCAGCGGCGGCCCCAUCCCGUCGUCGUCUGGCCAGCACUGACGUCCACAGCGUUCGCAGUGAAGGCGGUAUGGGCCUGGCGCAGGCUCAGGCGCGGAGGUGGGACGCCGAGACACUGGCCGUCGCGUUGCCGCCCAGCCUGCCGCCGCCGCCCGCAUAUGGCAUUUACGGCGCCGAAUGCCCCGUCUACCCGGCGACGGCUGUGCCUGUGGGGGGGCCCGCCGGUAGCCCUGAAGCCUUAAGCACACCGGCGGUGGGAGGCGGGUCACUAACCAACGUCGCGGCAGCGGCUUCGCAGCCGCCACCGCUGCUUGUCGAGCAUUCCUUCACGCUGACGGUGCAAGUGCAGACGACUGCUGACGCCGACAGCGGGGCGUCGACCGGCAACAGCACGGCGCUGAAGAAUGGUAGCGGCGCCACCAGCAACGAAGAGGGUGCCGGCGGCGGCCGCAGGAGUUCAGCCAGGCUGCUGCAGCAGAAUAGCGCCGCAGGAGAGGGCAACACCAGUUCGGCCGCAACGCCCGUAGCAGGGCUGCACAACUCUAGCAGCAGCAGUAGCAGUACCAUGGCGGGGGAAGUGUACGACGCGGUGAUAGAGUGGAAGCAGGAACAGGCGCAGCAGCUGGCGGCGGGAGGUGGCGGGCUGGACGGCGGUGGUACGGUCACUGCGGUCUGCGCCGCGCCCAAGCAGUCUAUAAGCGUGUCGACGCAGGUGCGGGCGCUGUACCAAGUGCCCCUGUCCCGCCAGGGUUUGGAGACCUUCACGACAGCCUGCAGUGGCGGCGGCAGUCUGAGUGGCGGGGGCAGCAGCAGCAGCACCGACACAGCGCCGCUGUCCCAAGCGCUGAUAGGGUCUACGUCCGGAAGGAGCAGCUCGCUGGCGUGCGCGGUGCAGCCAGUGGCACUACCGCAGGCAUCCGGGCCAAGCGGUGGCAUCCUUUCUCCAGCAGGCGGACCCUCCCUGGUCCCAGGCGACCAGGUGCCGCAGCCGCAGGGUUCCCCACAGGGUGCCGCCGGCGGUGGCGGGGGACCGGCGGUGGCGACGGUGGCUGCCGCGGUGGCCGUGGGUUCAGCUGUGGCGAUAGGGAUAGCGGGCGUGGCGGCGGUUGUGGUGCGGCGGCGGAGGCGACGGCGAGUGCAGCAGCUGCAGAUGGAUGCGGAGCUGGCAGAGGACACAGCCAAGGCGCUGUCCAACCCCUCGUUCGUGCUCAUCCACGACUCGGUCUUCCCGGUGCGCCGGGCCCGGGGCUUGUCCGUCAGCACACACGGCGGCGGCGGCGGCCGCGGCGGCGGUGGAGCCGGCUCUCCGCCUCUGUCGGCGCUCGCGGUGGCGCUCGCUGCCAGCGCGGCGGCGCGCCGCGGUGGCAGCCGCACCGGCAGCGGUGCCGCCUUCGCCAGGGUCAGUGGGAGGGUCAGCGCCAGCGGUGCCAGUGGUGGUGGCGUCAGCGCCGCUGCCAGUGUCACCGGCGGCGGUCGCUAUGGCUGCGGCUCGCCGGGUCUAGGCGGCAUAACGGCUAUAAGCUCGUCAGUGGAGUCGUCACCCGCGCCGCUGGCCCUCUCGGUGGCCGCUCGAGGCAUCGGCACUGGCACUGGCGCUGGCUCAGUGACCAGCCGGCGCCGGCCGUACACUCGCCGUACGGCCCUUGAUGGCGGCGCAGCUGGACCAGAUGGCGUGCACAGCGCCUACGGGCCGCCGGGCAGCACAACAGACCACGCCUGCGCCGCCCAUGACGACGAGCCGCCGUACCAGCGCCAGCGCCGUGUCAUUCGGCGGGCUCUGUCGCUGUACGGCGGCCGUGUCGGCGGCAGCAACGACGGUCGCGAUGCGGGCGUGGCUUCCGGCGCCUCCAGUGGGCUGCCGUCGACGGGCGGAGCAAGCAGUACAGUGGGCGCAAGCAGUGGCGGGGGCAUGGCACCUGCUACCGCAUCUGGCGCCGCGGUGGCGGGGUUGGCGGUCGCGGGUGACCUGACGGGUCGCUCGCCCGCUUCCAUGCUCCGCGCGUCCAGCCUCCUGCCGCACGAGCGCAGGCUGCGGGCGCCGAGCGUGGCUGCCACAGCAGCAACAGGGGCGGGUUCGGGGUCGGGCUUGGCCAUGGCGGCUGGCGCGCGCGGCCGCGCUCUGGCCCUGUAUGCCCGCGCCCUCGGCGGCGGCAGCGUUACUGGCGCGGGCGGCGUCGGAGGCUGGGCGGCGUCUCGGCGUCCUGCAUCUGCCGGCGUGGACAGCAGCGCUGCCUCCGGAUCGCCCUCCAGCUCGCCCGCUGGCGACGUGACCGCAGGCUCCACGCCCACUCGCACGCCGGGCGCGGGCGGCGAGAUCAGCCCGGUGCUCAGUCCCGGCGCCUCGGCCGCCCGCCACCCGUUGUACCGUGAUGCUGCAGGCGCAGGUGCAGCAAUGGGGCACGGCUACGGUCACGCAGGUGGAGGCGUUGGCGGCGCCGGGUACUCACACCUGCGCCCUGUGACGGCUGGCGCCGCGCCGGCGCAACAGACUAGAGGGGAGCGCGAGGGAGGGUCUGUUCUAGCGGCAGUGGCGGCGUCGCUGGCGGCGCUGGGGCCACGGUCUCAGGCGAUGCCGAUGCGCAACUCUCGGGCCGUCACCGGCGCUCGCGGUACGACAGGCGGAGGCGGCGGGGCCGGCGGCGGCCACGGCGGGGCAGCGGCUAACUCGUUGUCGCGGGCAGCGGCGGCACGUCGGGCGCUGGCCUCUGCAGUCGGCGGCGCGACAGGUGCUGCGCGCGGUGCGGACGCCUCUGCAGCUAGGUUGGCAGCGGGGACAGCUACUUCCGAUGGGGCAGCAGCCACUUACAUGCAGCAGCAGCAGGAGGGCCAGUGGGUUCACGGCGGCUCGCCACGGCGCGCAGCGGUGUUGAGUGAUGCCACGGCUUGGGGCACUCGCGGGCUCGAGGGUGCAAAUGCUGAUGCCGGCGCCGCAGCUUCGGCCGCAGUCGCACCCUGCGACCCCGUCUCUGUCUUCACCACAACACAUCAUCUCGAGUCCGCAGCCGCAGCCGCGGCCGCGGCCCCGGCGGGGAACGCAAACGGCGCGGCAGCAGCUGCGGCGGUUGCCGAGGCCGUCGAGCUGUUCAGCGCCUUGCCCUCCUGGCAGGCGCCAGCACAGACGUCCACUUCCUCGGAGCCGGACGUCUUCCUGCCGCUGCCCGCACAGGUGCCGUGCCGCGGUGCUGGCGACCUGCCAGGGCCCAGCGGCAGCAGCAGCUCCAAAGCUGGACGCAGUGCUGGCAGCAGUGCCACUCCGGCGGAGGGCGGCUGCGGCGAUGCGUCGUCAGGGCCGUCGAGGCUACUGCCGCUGCCGUCACCGUAUGCGCAGGAGGAGUCCGCGAUGCUUCCCCUCUGGGCGUCGUCGCAGCCGGGCGGCAGUAGUACGAUUUUGGGCGGCAGCACACACGUGGCAGCCGGCCCCAGCGGAAAGCCGGGGUCCUUGCAUGCAGCCCGGCCGCGCGCUGUCGCGCAUGCCUGCACACCCUCUCCCACUGCCCCUGGGAGAGCUCCUGCUACAGCACCUUUCGCACCAGCAGCAGCGGCUGCGGCCGCGGGAGGUGCUACGCCGACUAGCCCCGUGGGCGGUGGUGGAAGCGGUGGCGCAGGCGGUGCCAACCGUGUGCAUCCGCUGCCGCUGCAUUUGGAGCCAGCGUAGCGCACUAGGUGCGUGCCAAGCCAAGAAGUCAAAUGGUGGGCAAACGUCACGACACGCCACAUAUUGACUGCGGCAGGCAGAACCCCAACUGCGUAUGGGUUUGAAUUCUGCACGUCACGGCCAAGGGGGACUGCAAGAACGUCCGAGUCCUGAGCCGUAACCUGUUGUCGCAGGUGCGGUAGCGGUGUACAGUAUGCUGUCCCCAACACGCUGAUGGUUUGAGACCUUAUGCGUUUCGGUGAGGAGUCGUGGCUUCGGUGUGCAAUGUUCAAUGCAUUCAUAGCUCAGCAGGCAGUAUACGGUAUGCACAGAACUGGUUCACCGUGGUGAGCACCCAUCACGUUUCGUGUCUACCUUGUGGUGAUGCAACAUGCUUUACGGGUAAAGCCCUUCCUUGCCACUGUGAUAUCUAUACGAGGGCAUUGUCACCCGCAAACUUGUAAGCGUUACAAGUGAACUUGCAGAGCAGCCCUUGAAGGGCGAGGGCGGUUGCAGGGCGUUUCACUGAUGCCCUCCGAUGUUGCCCCAGCGCGCUGGCUUCAUUGCUGAUAGAGGUAACAUGUGGGACGACAGCCGUGGACUUCAUUGCUUCCUACGCGCAUUAUUCACCUCACUAUGCAUUUCCACACUUGACUAUUCUAGCUAGUUAGGGGUAGGUAAGCUGCAAAGGGCCGACCGCAGCCUGGCACUCGCGCCAUAGUUCGUAGGUUGUGUCGGGACGCACCACAUGGACGCGAAGAAGGGGGGCAGGGGGGUCCUGCGUCGGUCGCAGUGUUGAGAGGAUGUUCGAGGAAUUCUUUCAGGUCGGUAGGGUGGUUCUGUGGCCGCCCUGCUCCUGCUCAUGCUGCAUGCUGUCGUUUUUGCAAUGUGCACGGCUUGCACGGCUGGAUUGCGACGCGAGGGGUGCCCUGGGGUGCGAGGGGUCCGCCCCGCAGCAGCACUGCGAAUCGUACUCGCGUGUGUAGCUGCACACGCGGGCGGUUUACAGCAUGCUGCUAGCAGUUGUACGGGUAACUGGAAUACUGGUUGAUCAACUCGCUGCCUGGCGACGACUGCUGCUUUCGUGCAUGUCCAUGUCGCUUCGGCGAUCUGGCAAAGGACGGGUGCAACUGACAUUGCCCGGAUACGCAGCUGUCGAAGCGGCCUAGUGCUGCGCACGGUGCUGCGUCGCUCCUUGUGCGCUGUCGGUGUGAUGCUAUAUCUUUCGCUGCAUGUGGGCGGCAGACUGGUGCGCCAUUACUGGAUGAGAUACGGGUCGCCAGCAGCCUGCCCAGACGCCGCAACAUCUGCAGUGGGAAGCCUCCUUCGCGGCUUUGCCAAGCCGUGCACUUCUGCCACUCAUGUGCAUGUAACCGUUCGCGGCC